AUGCUGUUAUACUGGGAUCAAAUACCUCCUUGGCAACGUGAUAAUCAAUAUAUCCUUUCAGGUUAUCGGGCUGUUUCCAAUUCUUUUCGCAAAUCGUUCGCGAGCCUUGCUCAUGUCCACAAUGAAUCUGUCAAUAUCUACUCCCACCUCAUCCCUGCGGUUCUGAUAUCAAUUUUCAGCAUCCCGCUCCACACAUCACUCAUGGCCAAGCACACGAGUGUAUCAAUAGCAGAUACCAUAGUUUUGGGCUGUUUUGCCUUGGGGGCUGUGAUGUGCCUAGCCAUGUCAGCAGUCUUUCACACCGUACAGAAUCAUUCCCCGAAUAUAGCACGCAUCGCAAACCAAAUGGAUUACAUUGGCAUUGUAUUUCUGAUCGUUGGGAGCUUUGUUCCGAGUAUCUUCUAUGGGUUCUACUGCCAUCCUAUGUUACAAACAGUCUACUUAACCAUGAUAACUUCCCUCGGCCUCCUUUGCGCCGCGAUUUCAGCAACUCCCCAAUUUCGGCACCCUACGUGGCGGCGCUUUCGGGCGAGGAUGUUCAUCGCCCUUGGACUGUCGGCACUGUUCCCUGUCGUUCAUGGAGUUAUGAAGUUUGGCAUUAAGCAAAUGAACAAGCAGAUUGGUCUUUUCUGGGUCAUUCUUCAGGGUUCGCUCUAUAUUGGAGGGGCCUGCAUAUACGCUACCCAAGUACCGGAGCGUAUAUAUCCCGGCGUGUUCGAUAUCUGGAUAAGCUCUCACCAAAUUUUUCAUUUUAUGGUGGUAAUGGCUAUAAUAUCUCACCUUCAUGGGUUAACCAAUGCCUUUAAUUACAACCAUAGUUUUAUGGCCAUAUGUUGGUGA